GCGACAUCCGAUGGAGGGACCGACGCUCGGAGAUGCACGCGUCAAGCUGCACCAGCGAGCAGGGGGAUGAAUUUGAAUGUGACACUCCUCUCCUCCGCUGCAGUGAGGGGGUCCUACACUUGGAUGAACUGGGGGAGGAGAGAGCACAGUGAGGCUGUCAUGUAAGUCGUCUCCUCUGGGGCCACCUCUCGGCGCGUGCUGCUUCCUGCCUCAGGUAGAAGCCUCAGUGUUUCUGCUGCUGAGGCGUCAGGCUGCUCGCUCUCCUUUCCUCUCCCUCCCACUGAGAAGCCAACAGCUCUACUCUCAAAGCACUGCAAUGGAGAAGAGCUGCUCAGAGUGCUCAGUGCCAACACUUGCACAGAGCCUGUGUACGAUCUGCAACAAGUGGUUGUGUUACCAGUGCACAGAUGUGCAUCAGCAUCAGAGAGCCCCUGCCACUUCCCAGUACACAGAUAUGCACCAGCAACAGAGGCCCAGUGGCACCCAGUGUCCUGACCUGCACCAGAGAGGCUCCAGCUCCCUUCCUCCGACUGGACAAGGUCCGGGGUCAUAUCCUUGUUCCCUCCUCAUGUGCCACUCUCACAGACAGGAGCCCUUGGAGCUGUUUUGUGAGUCAUGCGACCUUCUGUGCUGUAGCAGCUGUCACCUGUCCUCCCACAAAAACCACAGGGUGGUACAGAUUGGGAAGGCCCUACAGGAUCAGCAGUGGCUGUUUGAGAACCUGAUAGUGCAGGUGGAAGAGAGGAGGUCUGCAGUGGAGAACAAUGCUAAGCAGAUAGAGGACAGACUUCAUGGAGUAAAGAUUGCACACAGGAAGGCAGAGAACCAGAUUAAAAUGGCAAAGAUGAUUAUGAUGAACGAGCUUAACAAACGAGCCAACCUAUUAAUAGAGCAACUGGAGAAAAUCUCAGAGGACUUCCAGCAGCGUCUGGAGGACCAGCUGCAGGGGGCAAUAGAGAUAUGUGGCCAGCUGGACCAUGUUCAGAAGUUCAUCACCUGGGCUACGACCCACCACUGCAGAGGCCCGGUACUCUUCAGCAGGGCUCUGAUUUCUCUCCAGAUGCAGCAACUGCUUGAGUCGUCACUCCACUCAGACUCUUGGACUCCUGUCAGGAUCAAAUUCAACUGGGAUGCUAGUUACUGGACCAAGCAGAUUUCCUCUUUAGGUCAGCUGACUGUUGAAGGAGGAAACUGCACUUAUCCUCAGGGCUUGGCCUGCUCCAGUAUUCUGAGGCCUCAGCCCAUCCCCUGCUUAGGUCUGUCUUCCGUGUGUCACAGAGGGCCAGAACCAGGCUGUGGGUACCAGAACUGCUGCGAGCCCCAGAUGUGUUGCCUUCAUGGCAUUUCCUCUCAGCCAGAUCCGUCCAGUCUGGAAAAAAGCCAGCUGGAAGUCCCACUUUAUAACUCCAGCUGUGUUCAGCCUGCCCUCAUCUCUGCCUCCUUGCACCAGAGCCACCAGCUCCAGAGGUUUUGGGAGCCAGACAGCCCAUCGCCAUGUCCUCCCCCUUCAUCACCUGUCCCAAUCAUGGGACCCAUCCAGUUUAACUGCAGUCGAGGAUCUACAUCUCAACCACAGGCUGCUGCCUCUCAGCCCCAGUCUCAAACCAAAUCUUAUCUCUAUCUUCAACAACCAAGAGAAGUUCUUCCAGACAGCCAGUCUCAGCCGAGUGCAGCCCAUAGCAGGCAAGGCCAACGUCAGAGGAAGCUGUCGACCAGCACGGCUCUGCAGCAAGAUCUCAGCCACACCGCCGCGGACAGAGAUGUAAUGACUGAAGAGAACUGGGGGGAGAGCUGCAGAGUGGAGGAGGCUCGUACAAAUGAGCUGCUGGAUGUGGAGCUGCGGCAGGACAGGAGGGAGCAGAGUCCUGUCCAACAGCAGCAGCAGCAGCAGCAGCAGCAGCAGCAGCUCCAUGUUCCUCCUGCAGCAGAGCUGAGAAAAGAGCUGCAGAGAAACAGACCUGCACUGAUGCUGAGAGACCGCAGAGAUAGCCGGUCUGAAUCCUGCAUACCUCUCCCAAGGGGCAUGGAUCAGAGAUCCACAUCCCUGGAGGUGUCGGUGACAGCCCACAAGUGUGUAACUGAUGUGCAGAGCAGCAGGCUCAGCCCUAGUUUAGUGUGCACGAGGAAGGAAAGACGCUCCCAGAGCAUCCCGGCAGAACUGGCAGCCCCAUCCACCAGCCCUUACACUGAAAGGCCCACAGGAUGCACUCACGGCCUAAAGGCAGGAGCUGCAACUAAGUAUGUCAGUAUGGAUCCCAGACAGAGGAGAGCUUCAGAUGGGGUGCUUUGUGUGGUCAAGGAAACUUCGUCUGACACAGCGCCCUCCACAGGCCACCGGUCUCCUCUACUAUCUUAUAAAACAGAGCCAGAUCAUUCUAUUACUUAUGUAAAUGAAGAGAUUGAUUAUGAGGCCAAGGGGAAAUGCAGGGUGUCAAGAAACAGCCACAACAGUAACAUAGAUGUCCAGAACGACUUAGGACGGCCCAGGGUUCCAGUGGUUUGCUUGGAACGUCUCAAAAUUCUUGUGUCUCAACUUCCUCCACAUGGACGACGGCAGAGCGACCCUUUACCCGCCAGCGGGACGGAGAAGAGCGAAACGCUCCCGCAGCAGAGAGACUGGCAUGAUGCGGUGCCUGAAGGGAUAGCUGGAGGCUCCGAGACAACAAAGACCACCCGCUCAUUUACAGCGCCACCAUAUGCAGAGCGACCGAACCGUAAUCAGUCUACCACACACUCGACCACUAGUGAGUUUGACAGCCGAGGGAGAGUCAGCUCUCAUAAAGCAUCCACGCUUCCGACCGCUGACCCUAAAUAUGUGCCACAGAGUUACUCUGCACUGGAUCUGGACUCUGACUCUGAUCCCAGAUCAGUCUCAGAGGACGCAGUUGUUUCCAGGGCGGAUCCAGACCCACAGCUAGACUCAGAUGCAUCACCAGAUUCUGACCCAAAUGCAGAGUCUUCAUCUGAGGCUGAACUUGAAUGUCUGGCUGAGGAAAAAUCAGUGGCUGUAGAAGAGAUGGGGCUCUGCGGUGAAACUGAUAUCGCAGAGGAGUCAGAGCCAAGUCUUGAAUAUGAAGCAGACCCAGAAUCAGAUGCAGGAGCGGGAUCAGAGGAUGGCCAACGGCUGGACGCUGAUGCAGAAUCUGGCGAUGCUGAAACGGAGUCAGACAUCCAGCCUGACUAUGAUCCCAGUUUUCAGGCAGAGACUGACUCUGACGUUGUAUCUGAUCAGCCUCCAGACUCUCAGGGCUCUGUAGAGUCUGAGCUCGACAUCGAAUCUGAACCUGAACUGACAACUGACGAUCCACAACCGCUUCGCUCUGACCUGGAAGAGGAGUCCCCCAUUAGUGCUGCUCAGAAGAUGCUUCUGAUUGAAAACCCUCUCGCUCAAAGAGGCACAGAGAAAGUCCAGCCUGACCAGGACAAUGCAGAGAUGGAGAGUGAGGACUUCUGUGCCGUGUGUCUGAUUGGAGGGGACCUGCUGUGCUGUGACCGCUGCCCAAAAGUUUUUCAUCUGUCUUGCCACAUCCCGUCUCUGCUAAGCUUCCCCUCAGGUGACUGGGUGUGCAGCCUGUGCAGAGAUGUUGUGCAGCCAGAGGUUAAGUACAACUGUGAGAAUGAGAGAACAUCUGGAGAACACACAUCGGCACACGGACUGCCUGCAUGUGACCAGAGAAAAUGUGAGCGGCUGACUCUUCUGAUCCUCAGUAACGUCCUGAGUGCUCCCUUCCAUGAGCCUGUCAGUCCACUUGCUCGUCAUUACUACCAGAUUAUUAAGAGGCCUAUGGACCUGUCCGUGAUCAGGGCCAAACUCAACAAGAGGAAUACUCGACAUUAUAACUCACCAGAACAGUUUGUUGCUGAUGUCUAUCUCAUGUUUCGCAACUGUGCAAAGUUUAAUUAUCCUGACUCAGAGGUGGCCCAAGCAGGCCGCAGCCUCGAGGUGUUCUUCACCUCCAAGCUUAAGGAAGUUUUCCCAGACAGAGUUUUCCUUGCGGCUGAGGCGGACUCUGACAGUGAUGAGUAUGAUGAGGCCUACAGGACCGCUGAGAGUGGCUUCCCCUGGCCAGAGAGGAGAGAGCAGUGCCACAGGAAGAGGAAGAGGAGACACUCUCUCAAGUCAAGGAGACAACACUUCUGACCAGAGGUGAAUGAAGUGGAGCCAUGGACACAAAUAUGCUGUAUUUGUGGGUAAUUAAACUGUUUUUAUUUAGCAGCCUGUGGGGCUGUAACAGUGUUUCCAUUCUGUAAUCUAUUUUGGGGUUUGCAAUAAUAUCACAGUGCUGCCAUCCGAUGGCAGCUGAACAUACUGAAACAAUCCUUCAAAUAUUUGAAGUACUAAAAAACACUGGAGCAAUUAUUAUCCCUCCAGACUUCAACUGAGAAGUAGAAAAUGUAAAAAACGAUUAGAAAAAGUUUUGGUUACAUACAGUAUGCUACACAUUUGGAAACAUUUCUCAUUGGAGAAGAAAGACAAAUCAAAGUUUGUUGGGUUGCUUAUGCAGCUUAAAAACAACUUAUAGUAGUGAGAUGAUACUGUAAUUGUUUAAGUAUCAUAUCAGAUUUUGAGUAUUGAUAAUACUGCUUAUGAUGUGCUAGACAUUACAUUUAUUAUUUACAUUCAGACCUCUUAAAAUGAAAUACCUGAUGUAAUGUGCUUUGUACAAAGAGGAUGCUGUAGUUGGAUGUUUAUUAAUCUCACUUUGCAUCUUUAUUAAGUGGAUUAGGUGAACAUAGCUCUGAUUAUAUGCAGCACUUUGAAACUUUGAUAUGGGUAAAUACUGCAUCUACCAUAUUCGUCAAUGCUCAACAUAUGUGUAACUGUAUAGAACUUUAUUUUACUAUAUUUGUCAUUUUAAUUAUUAAAUGAUUGCAGGCAAUUAUCAUAGGUUUGAUUAUAGAUAUAAGUAUGUGUCUCAGUUGCUUUUUAUGACCAGAGUGUGAGAAUGUGAGUUGGCACUAUAACCAGUGUUAGAGCUCAUAUGUAUUUUCAUGUUUGUUAGAGGAUUUAACACCCAGAGGAAAUGAUCCGAGAACAUUUUAAUUUUACAUUAAACCAUCAAUUAAGUUUGUACAUACAUUAUGUAAACUUUCAGUUCCAACCGUGCUUCAGCAACUACUCUAUUGUCUAAAUAUCUCAGGCUUAAUAACAGUGUAAGGUAUUGAUAUAAUUGAGUAUUGAUUAUUUGUAGAGCCACACUGUCGAGAGAAAAUAUAACAUUUUAUAAUAACCACUGUUGUAGAGCAUUUCCUGUUUUUAAAUAUUCUUUACAUGCUUUGUGCAGCUUAAGCUAGAUUUCACUUGACAUUAAAAGUAAUUACUGGAAAAAGUAUUGUCCGUGCACACCUUGAUCGUGAAUAUACAGUAUAUGUAAUGUUACUUCCUUUGAAAUCAGUUAAUGUAAUAAUAUUCUUAUUGUAUGAAGGAAGACUGAUAAACUAUAGUUACUGUCAGUGUUUCAGGAUCAUUUCUUACAUUUUUUUUCAUUAACAGUCAUUAAUAAAUGCACAUAUAUUAAUAUCAAUAAAAUGCAUGCAAGAGAAGAUA